GGUCCCUUCUUCCCUUCACAGACUCACAUUCAUCCAUUUUAGCUCCAGCCAAUCAGAGAGAAGGAUUCUGUUAUUUCCUGACACUUCACGAAGAUGGCGUCACGUCGGAACCAUGCAACGAACCAACAGCUGAGUAUGCGGGACAAGGCCCAGAGGAAACAUAACAAUCAUGAACAUCGUACAAAUUUCCGAGCAGGCUUCAUCCCUAUCAAUGAAGAAUACUUGCACAAAACUGGUAUAAGGGGUUCCAAGAAGAAAGUUCUCUACUGCGUUGUUGCCUUCCUUCUGUUGGUUGCUAUUGCCAACAUAGUGGUAACUGGUUUGCUAAUGUCUGUACUAAAACUGACCCCGUUUGGACUGCAGUCACUUGAAUUUAUCCCUGGAGGGGAAUUACUACGGUUUAUUGUGAAUGGUGUCUUACCAAACAUUACCCUGAUAGGUGGACAACUGGGUAGCCGAAUGUGGAGCGGAAUGAAUUUCACAGCAGACCAAUCUGUGAUCAAUAUUGGUUCUCCAGAAUCUUCAAUGUUGUCUGUCAAUGAGACCCAAAGCUUGUUCACCACUGAUGCUUUUGAUGUUAUUGACGCUGACACUAGUAAACUUGUCUUUUCAACUGAUCCAAACAAAGAAUGGUCGUUUCCCAAAAUGCCACAAAAUCUCCAAACCAAUGCAAUAGAAACUACCAAUAUAAAAAGUCGAACAAAGUGGAACGACAUUGUUUUCGAAUCUUUCUCCAGAGUUGACGUAAAAGGUGAUAAAGGCGUAAGUACAGAAGAAAGCAUCAACAAAAUCAAUGUCCAAGCCAGCAAAGGAAUCUCCUUGAAUGCCGAGAAAGGUAACUUGAAAUUUGAUGCUAGCGACGGCAACAUAAUAAUUAACAAGAAAACUCUACGUCCGAUCAAAGUUGAGAAUCCUGGAGUAAAUGCUACGGGUGAGACAUUCAAGUUGUGUAUCUGUACACCGAGUGGCAAGUUGUUCGCCGUACCAAACACCUUAAAUUGUCUAUCACCAAAGGAUGCAUGUAAUGAUACUUAGCAAGACGUGAUUGAAAAAAAUCUGAAACAAAGGACAAUUACUUUGUUUCUCCACCCUCUAACCAUUUGAUCACAUGACCUCCCCCCAUCACCACCACUAAUCACUCUUAUUUUUUGUUUCCUUUAUUUGUUUGAAAGCUUCCUUUCCAAAUAUUUGUUCAACUAAUUUUUUUUGUUUGUUUGAUUCACAGAAGCUAUUUAAAAUUUAAACAAUUAAUUGAUUGUAAUUAAGCUAUAAACUAUGGUGUGGAUAUAACAGUUGCAUAGCAAAGGAGAGAGAAAGCAACUGUAUGGUUGGCUUGAAGUUUCAUCCCAUGGUGAAAUAAGGAUUCAAUACCAUGUGGUACUCACUUUCUCUUUCCCCGUUCUCUUUCAAUUAUACAUGUUUCAUGUUCAUUCACGAUGUGUGUGUGCGUCUGUGUAUGUGCAUAUAAUUUGAUGGGGCAUGUUUAUCUGGAUCAGUGGCUCCCAACCAUUUUUUGCCUAAGGGCCCCUUUGAUUCCUAUUUUAUGGGGGUGCCCCACCAUAGCCAUUCGAUGUAUAUAUAUAAAAAAAUCUGCUGUAUUUUUAUAAUUAAAUAUUAUUAAGGAAUUGUAUAAUAAUAAUUAUUAAAAUAUUUUGUGUAUUGUAGAAAUAUAACCCGUUUAUUUCCCAUAAAUUUUAACAAAAUCUUACAUGGAUCCCUAACGGUCAUAUGGUCCCUGGUUGAGAACCACUGAUUUGAAUGAAUGGAUGCGCUAGUUGUUCAAUCAAUUGAAUUAUUUCCUCAUUGAAUUGUAGUUCAUGUGGUUGAGUACUUCACAGUUGCUUGUUCACCCAACAUAAUCUUUAGGAAAACUCUCACAGCUUCAGUCCAUCUGACAUGCUUCUACAUAGUUUCCAUUUACCAAAUUUCGCUUGCACAGCAUUGACCAAUGUGAUGGUGUGGUAGAAGAUACUUGCCAAAGUACCAUCCAAUUGGAUCUAACCCAAAAUCUGCAGUCUGAAGAGUAAAUUAAACGUUUAAAAACCACUUGGCCAUGCAAGUUUGUGUGUAUAAAUACAUUUGGCUGUGUAGGUAAGAAGUUCCCUUCUAACUCAAAUGGUUUCAGGUUCAGUCUGACAGUAUAUAUAAACUAUAUAGUCUUCUAAUAAAGCCUGUUGUGUGUGUGAAUGUAUGUGUGUGUAUAUAUAUAUAUAUAUAUAUGUAUGUAUGUGUGUGUUUGUGUAUGUAAGUAGGUGCUUCUGUCUCCAUACUUAGACAUCAUGCAAGAGUUUUAUACAAGCAUUGCUGUCAUUUGUUGUCAAUGUAGAGUCAUUUGUCCUGUCAUUUGUUUAGAGUCAUUUGUAGAGUCAUUUGUCCUGUAGAAACAUGGGGACACACUUGGAAAUGGAUGGGCUUUGAUGACAGGAACAGCAUUCAUCUGUUGAAAAUUUGCCUCAAAACAAAUUCCGUCCAACCAAUGCAAGCAUGGAAAAGUGGAUGUUUAAACAAUAUAUAUAUAUAUAUAUAUAUAUAUAUAUAUAUAUAUAAAACCAUACAUGCAUUGUAUAAACAAUAUGUAUGCACCUGGGCAUACAUGCAAAACUAAUUCAUAAAAAAUUUUGUUUCAAUUUUCAAACAGCAUGCAAAAUUUUGAGGUUUGAUAAUUUUGGGGAAAGAAUUAAUAAUAAUAAUCCAAAUGUAAUGAGAAUUGCAAUGAACUAAUUAUGCUGUGUUUCAAUUGAUAGCAAUUGUAUGAAUCUAAUUUUGGUCUCAGACAAAAUAAAAUCACAUAACAGACGUCCAAUCUAUGGAGAAAAAAAUUUGGAAUUUAGCUAUAUUUCAGCAUGGUGUAUACCAUCAGAAUCACAUUUUAUUUCCUGAUUUUAAAAGAUUAUCAUGGAUCCUCUUUCACAUUCACUUGGAUGCAGUUCAUAAACAGACUGGGAGAAUUAUCAGGGUUGUGUCACUUAUUUGUAAAGGGUCUAUCAAUCCGUCCUACUUCUAAAUCAGAACCACUUUACAUAUAAGAGAGAUUUUCUAAAGAAAGAUGAGAGAAAUUUUAGGAAAUUUAAUGAUUUCUUUAAAUGUAUUGUCUUAGUAAUGGAAUUUUGAAUUUUUGUUUUUCAUAGACACACUCACACAUAUUAGAACUAAGAAAAAUGCACAUGUAUGUAUACAUUUAUGUGUGUGUGUGUGUGCAAUUUAGAACUAAGAAUAUAAAGUUGCAGUGUGUGUGUGUGUGUGUGUAUAUACAGAGUCUGCCAAAAAAUGUAUUCCAAAUUCAGGAAAGGAAAAAUCUAUAAAUAUUUGAAUUCAGUGUUAUUGCAAUUUGAUAAAAACGUUGAAAGGGGUAUCUAUAUUUAUAGAGGUAGUUAUACAAGUUCAAUAUUUAUAUAGAUUUUUUUCCUUUCCUGAAGUGUGUAUACAUUUUUUGGAGGACUCUGUGUAUGUGGUGUAUGUGUGUGGAUUGACCGUUGACUGAACACUAUUCAAUUUUUUUUCUCCGUGUUUUUCUCCUUGUCUCUGUAUUCUUUCUGUUGAAGAGCGUAGCUCGAAACGUCAAAGACUUUCCGUAUUCCCGAGCGUCAUACUAAUAU